UGGCAUGCCGGCGUCUAGAUUCCCAGGUGUACCUCUUCAAAGACCAAGGCGACUGUCUGCCUCCUCUCCCAGGUUCCAGGGCCCUCCAGCCCCUCCUCUUCUCACUGGAGUCCAAGACCCCAGUUCCAGGUUUUGGACAUAGUCUGCACAUUGGGUGGGGCUGGGAACUAUCCACUCUCAGAACCGGUUAUGCUGCUGCCUGAAGGGACAGAAGGAAAGGAGGGAACAGAGCGAAAGUCCCUUCUGCUUUCCACCGGGCCAGCUGGACCCGUCUGACCUGAUGUGUGUGGAGGGAGCGGCUCAGGAGACCUCCCUUUAUCUCCGCCCACAGCUCAUGCACCCAGAUUCCUGGGACCUGGGGGCCUGGACUCCUAGGUUCUGGGGGAAGAGGGGUCUGAAGGCUGGGAUUUCUGGGUCUGAGGUUGGAGACUGAAAGCUCAGAUUCUUGUGUCCCUGUCUGACCCCCAGGAUUGGGGAAGAAGCGGCUGGAGGCUCAGACUCCUGGGUCUAGGGGAAAGAAGGGAAUUGGGGACCUAGCCUCCUGUGACCUGAGGCCAGCACCGCCGCCAUGAUGUGCGAGGUGAUGCCCACCAUCAGCGAGGAUGGCCGGCGGGGCUCGGCGCUGGGCCCGGACGAGGCGGGCGGCGAGCUGGAGCGCCUUAUGGUCACGAUGCUCACGGAGCGCGAGCGCCUGCUGGAGACGCUGCGCGAGGCGCAGGACGGGCUGGCUACGGCACAGUUGCGGCUGCGCGAGCUGGGCCACGAGAAGGACUCGCUGCAGCGCCAGCUCAGCAUCGCUCUGCCCCAGGAGUUUGCGGCUCUGACGAAAGAGCUGAACUUAUGUCGGGAGCAGCUGCUGGAGCGGGAGGAAGAGAUUGCAGAGCUGAAGGCGGAGCGGAACAACACGCGGCUUCUCCUUGAACACCUGGAAUGCCUGGUGUCCAGGCACGAGAGGUCACUGCGCAUGACCGUGGUAAAGCGCCAGGCCCAGUCCCCGGGUGGGGUCUCUUCCGAGGUGGAGGUGCUCAAGGCUCUAAAAUCCCUCUUCGAGCAUCACAAGGCCCUGGAUGAGAAGGUCCGGGAGCGGCUGCGGAUGGCGCUGGAGCGGGUGGCGGUGCUGGAGGAGGAGUUGGAGCUAAGCAAUCAGGAGACCCUGAGCCUUCGAGAGCAGCUGUCUAGGCGCCGGUCGGGGCUGGAGGAGCCCGGCAAGGAGGGGGAUGGGCAGCCCCUUGCCAACGGCCUUGGUCCUGGCGGGGAUUCGAACCGGCGCACCGCGGAGCUGGAGGAGGCCCUGGAGAGGCAGCGUGCGGAGGUGUGCCAGCUGCGGGAGCGCCUGGCGGUGUUGUGCCGCCAGAUGAGCCAGCUGGAGGAGGAGCUGGGCACCGCCCACCGCGAGCUGGGUAAGGCCGAGGAAGCUAACGCCAAGCUCCAGCGCGACCUCAAGGAGGCGCUUGCGCAGCGGGAGGAUAUGGAGGAGCGGAUCACGACGCUGGAGAAGCGCUACCUGAGUGCCCAGCGUGAGGCCACGUCGCUGCACGACGCCAACGACAAGCUGGAGAACGAGCUGGCCAGCAAGGAGUCGCUGUACCGGCAGAGUGAAGAGAAGAGCCGUCAGCUAGCCGAGUGGCUGGACGACGCCAAGCAGAAGCUUCAGCAGACGCUGCAAAAGGCCGAGACCUUGCCUGAGAUAGAGGCCCAGCUGGCCCAGCGUGUGGCUGCGCUCAACAAAGCCGAGGAACGUCAUGGGAAUUUCGAGGAGCGGCUUCGGCAGCUGGAGGCCCAGUUGGAGGAAAAGAACCAGGAGCUGCAACGGGCCCGGCAGCGGGAGAAGAUGAACGAUGACCACAACAAGCGGCUGUCAGAGACAGUGGACAAAUUGCUGAGCGAGUCCAAUGAACGGUUACAGCUGCACCUCAAGGAGCGCAUGGGGGCGCUGGAGGAGAAGAAUUCACUGAGUGAGGAGAUCGCCAACAUGAAGAAGCUUCAGGACGAACUGCUGCUCAACAAGGAGCAGCUCUUGGCAGAGAUGGAGCGGAUGCAGAUGGAGAUCGACCAGCUGCGGGGCAGGCCACCAUCCUCCUACUCCAGGUCUCUCCCCGGUAGUGCCCUGGAACUUCGUUACUCCCAGGCACCCACAUUACCUUCUGGUGCCCACCUGGACCCCUAUGGGGCCGGCAGUGGCCGGGCAGGCAAGAGGGGCCGCUGGUCAGGGGUCAAGGAUGAGUCCUCCAAGGAGUGGGAGCGGUCUGCCCCUGCGGGGUCCAUGCCACCCCCGUUCCCUGGGGAGCUGGAUGGCUCAGACGAAGAGGAGGCUGAGGGGAUGUUUGGAGCUGAGCUACUUUCCCCCAGCGGACAGGCCGACGUGCAGACGCUGGCCAUCAUGCUUCAAGAGCAGCUGGAAGCCAUUAACAAGGAGAUCAAGCUCAUCCAAGAGGAGAAGGAGACAACAGAACAAAGGGCUGAGGAGCUGGAGAGCCGGGUGUCUGGCUCUGGCCUGGACUCACUGGGCCGCUACCGCAGUAGCUGCUCACUGCCCCCCUCCCUCACUACCUCUACCCUUGCCAGCCCCUCCCCUCCCAGCUCUGGCCACUCAACACCCCGUCUGGCACCUCCUAGCCCUGCCCGCGAGGGCACCGACAAAGCUAAUCAUGUCCCCAAGGAGGAAGCUGGUGCUCCACGAGGGGAGGGACCAGCCAUCCCAGGAGACACCCCACCUCCCACUCCCCGCUCUGCCCGUCUUGAGAGAAUGACGCAGGCCUUGGCACUGCAAGCAGGAUCCCUGGAAGAUGGGGGACCUUCACGGGGAAGUGAAGGCACCCCAGAUUCCCUGCACAAAGCCCCCAAGAAGAAGAGCAUCAAGUCAUCCAUAGGCCGUCUCUUUGGCAAGAAGGAGAAGGGACGAAUGGGACCACCAGGCCGGGACAGCUCUUCUCUGGCAGGAACACCCUCAGACGAGACACUGGCCACGGAUCCUCUGGGGCUAGCCAAGCUGACAGGCCCAGGAGACAAGGACCGAAGGAACAAGAGGAAGCACGAACUUCUGGAAGAGGCCUGCCGCCAGGGCCUGCCCUUCGCCGCUUGGGAUGGGCCCACCGUGGUCUCCUGGCUGGAGCUGUGGGUAGGCAUGCCUGCAUGGUAUGUGGCCGCCUGCCGGGCCAACGUCAAGAGCGGUGCCAUCAUGGCCAACCUGUCGGACACGGAGAUCCAGCGGGAGAUUGGCAUCAGCAACCCCCUGCACCGGCUCAAGCUGCGCCUCGCCAUCCAGGAAAUGGUCUCCCUCACCUCGCCCUCAGCGCCCGCCUCCUCCCGCACGUCCACAGGAAACGUGUGGAUGACACACGAGGAGAUGGAGUCCCUUACGGCAACGACCAAGCCUAUCCUGGCAUAUGGUGACAUGAACCACGAGUGGGUGGGCAACGACUGGCUGCCCAGCCUGGGCCUGCCCCAAUACCGAAGCUACUUCAUGGAGUCGCUGGUGGAUGCCCGCAUGUUGGAUCAUCUCAACAAGAAGGAGCUCCGGGGUCAACUCAAGAUGGUGGACAGCUUCCACAGGGUGAGUCUGCAUUAUGGGAUCAUGUGCCUGAAACGGCUCAAUUACGACCGGAAGGACUUGGAGCGGAGGCGGGAAGAGAGUCAGACCCAGAUCCGAGACGUGAUGGUGUGGUCCAAUGAGCGGGUCAUGGGUUGGGUGUCCGGACUGGGACUGAAGGAAUUCGCCACGAACCUCACGGAGAGCGGGGUGCACGGGGCGCUUCUCGCCCUGGACGAGACCUUCGACUACUCCGACCUGGCCUUGCUCCUGCAGAUCCCCACGCAGAAUGCGCAGGCCCGGCAGCUCCUGGAGAAGGAAUUCAGCAACCUCAUCUCCUUGGGCACAGACAGGCGGCUGGACGAGGACAGCGCCAAGUCCUUCAGCCGCUCCCCAUCCUGGCGGAAGAUGUUCCGAGAGAAGGACCUCCGAGGCGUAACCCCCGAUUCAGCUGAGAUGUUGCCCCCCAACUUUCGUUCGGCCGCAGCAGGGGCCUUGGGAUCUCCGGGGCUCCCUCUCCGCAAGCUGCAGCCGGAAGGCCAGACUUCUGGGAGUUCCCGGGCAGACGGCGUUUCGGUCCGGACCUAUUCCUGCUAGUGUAGGCCUCCAGGUGAGGACUGUACAGGGCGAUCUUGGGGGUCCGGGGCGGCACAAUGGAUCUUCACUGCUCCACGUACUGCCCCGGCGUCAAUGCAGGUGACCUCCCUCGGACGGAAGAAUCUUCCAGAGGCUGGGCUGUUCCCCCUCCUGCCCAGAGUAUGGUCUCGCCGGGGAGAGCGGGCGGGGGAGCUCGCGCCGCGGACCGGACCAUCUGUACAGACAAGCGGGGAGUGCGCGUCCCCGCCUCUCAAAAGGACUGGGCCUGGACCAAACCACACGAACUGGACUGAGAGGGGGAAAGAAGAGGGCGGGAAGAAAUCCCGCCCCAAACUUCCGCCUCCCUUUUCUCUACUUUGUAAUUUAUUGAGCAGUUUCCGAUGGGAGAUGGGGGCCCUUUCCCCGCGGGAAGGGAGCGGGGCUUCCCUCCCGGGCCGCAUGCUAGGAGAGGCUGCCCGCUCCCCUUUUUCCUCCCCCGUCGCGGGGCCCAAGUCUUCCUUCUUCGUCCGACAGGAGGGGAGGGGGGACUCGCUGCUACAAGCCUCGCCCCACGUGCCACUCAUCCCCGCCCCGCCGGGUCAGGUCGCCGGUGCCUGGGGUCAGCUGCGGGCGGAGUCCCCUCUUCCUCCCCAGUGUCUCGUGUCCCCGGGGCCUCUCCGCCCCCCGUGCUGUGGCCGUGUCCGUGCCCCGGGGGUAGGGGGUGCAGAACUGCGCUCCCGGUUCCCCUCCGGCUCCGGGGUUUGCAUGGGAGAAUCCUCUUUCCACGAUGCCACUGGGCGACGUGGCGUGGGGGGAGGGAGGAAGGUGGGGGAGCCCUCGCCCGAGACUCUUGGUCGGCCUCCCUGCCCCAGGCGUCACUCAGUGAUCACGGGUAAAGAGAACUGUUUCAAA